UUACAAUCAAAUUAAUUUGCGGGAUGAAUUGUACUGUGCCCAACACCCACUUCCCAGCCAGUUAUUCUGUUCUGUCUUCUUCGUGGUUUGCGCCAGUGGCAACAUCCGGUUAUUGAUCAUGUGACUCGCGUGACGAGGAAAAAGGUGCUUCCGUUGCAGUUUUGCGAAAUAAUGAAACAAACCGAUUUUUGAUACGGCUGAAAACCCCACCUCAUCCCACCAAAACUUUUCACAUGGAAACUGCAAUGGACUGAAAGAACGACAGUAAAUGAGGACUGAGUCGAGCGAGAGAGACACAGAGAGAGAGAGAGACGUCCAAGAAAAGACGAGUAGGAAAGGAGACUGAAAGAAGGGCACAAAGAAAAAGGAUAUAAGAAGGUCAGUCGUAAGAAUGGAAGGAAAGGACACAAUGCAGAAAGGGACGACAGAUGGAAAAGUGAAGCUAGAAGAAAGGCAGGAAGGCAAAGAAAAAUAAUAGAAAUGAUGCAACUACUUUUUUACUCACAUAAGACUGAAGUUUGGAAAAUAAAUAUUUUCAAAAUCUCUCAUUUUUCUACCCUCAAUCACACCUGUAAGAUACUCGAAUAUCAGUGUUCAAUACUCCUCCAGACUUCUCUGAAACCUGAUAAAACUUCAUAAAUUCUAGCUUGCCACACGAAUAUCCCAAACCUCCCCCCAUCUAGGACCCUUUCCCCAACUUUGUGGCAGCGCGCUUGGAAACCCUUCAUUUGGUGGCGGUGCGGCGAGGUGGCCGGUGGGCGUUGGUCUCGUCUGCAAUUACAUUCAUCCUUGAACGCAAAGUGCAGCUGAAGACCUGUUGAUCAUGUUUUAUUCUCCAUCGUUUUUGUUUUUGUUUUUUACGCGUUGGGUUUGAGAAACGUGAAUUUCUGACUGACACAUCUUCCUCCUCCGCAGAUGCUUCUGCUGACCGCCGGCUCCGAAGAUGCGGGCGCGGAUCGGUUUUCACUGGCAUCAACAACAACAACAACAACAACGAGAACGACGUGACAGAAGACGGAGCGGAUUAGUUUUUCCAAGACAGCCUCUAACGAUGAUGCCGUCAUCGAUUCCCAGAGAGCUGUUGCUGUUGCGCGUUCCGCUGUUUUAGGCGGCGUGCCGGACGCUGACGAGGCAGGCGGCUGUGCGUCUUGGAGAGGGGCAGGGGACGCCGGAGACGCGCAGCAGCAUCAACAUCAGCAGCAGCGGCGGCGGCUCCUCACAGUCUGCUCGGGUUCGGAUCAUCCGGCAGCCUCCGGGCGUCGCUGGGCCGUCAGAGCGGACCGCGCGAUGCGCACCGACCACCUCCAUCUCGGCGUCUCUCCCUGAGAGCCCAUCGAGUCAUGUCUGAAACGGAGCGAUGGGCAAGUUCGACGACAACGAGAGGAUAAUCCUCAACGUCGGGGGCACGAGGCACGAAACCUACAAGAGCACCCUGAAGACCCUGCCGGGGACGCGCCUGGCCCUGCUCGCCUCCGACUCGGACAUCGACUCCGUGCUGGACCAGCUGCAACAAGUCCCCGGCUUCAUCGAGUACAACGCGCGGACCAACGAGUACUUCUUCGACCGCCACCCGGGCGUCUUCGCCUACGUGCUCAACUACUACCGCACCGGGAAGCUGCACUGCCCGGCGGACGUGUGCGGACCGCUGUUCGAGGAAGAGCUCUCCUUCUGGGGCAUCGAUGAGACGGACGUGGAGCCGUGCUGCUGGAUGACCUACCGGCAGCACCGCGACGCAGAGGAGGCGCUGGACGUGUUCGAGCUCAACGUGGACACCACCUGCGAGGAGGACGACGAGGUCGGCAAGAGGCUGGGGAUCGAGGACGUGGCGGCGGACGGGAACGUCAGCCUGUGGAGGAAGUGGCAGCCGGUGAUCUGGAACCUGUUCGAGGACCCGUACUCCUCCAGGGCGGCGCGGUUCAUUGCCUUCGCAUCUUUGUUCUUCAUCCUGGUCUCCAUCACCACCUUCUGCUUGGAGACCCAUGAGGCUUUUAACAAAAUCAUCAACAAGACCGACGCGCGGAACAGCAGCGAGCCGGACCCGGCGCCGCAGUAUGAGAUUGAAACCGAUCCAGCACUCACGUACGUGGAGGGAGUUUGCGUGUUCUGGUUCACCAUCGAGUUCCUUGUGCGCGUCACCUUCUGCCCAGUCAAGUUGGAGUUUGUCAAGAGCGUCCUCAACAUCAUCGACUUUGUGGCCAUUCUGCCCUUUUACCUGGAGGUAGGGCUGAGCGGCCUCUCUUCGAAGGCCGCCAAGGACGUCUUGGGUUUUCUCAGGGUGGUGCGUUUCGUCCGGAUUCUGCGCAUCUUCAAGCUAACGCGUCAUUUUGUAGGGCUUAGGGUGCUGGGCCAUACAUUGCGGGCCAGCACCAAUGAAUUUCUGCUGCUAAUCAUCUUCCUGGCUUUGGGAGUUUUGAUUUUUGCCACCAUGAUAUAUUACGCCGAAAGAAUCGGUGCCAAGCCCAACGACCCCACGGCCACCGACCACACCAAGUUCAAGAACAUUCCCAUUGGCUUCUGGUGGGCUGUGGUGACCAUGACUACUUUGGGCUAUGGAGAUAUGUAUCCAGAGACCUGGUCAGGCAUGGUGGUGGGAGCGUUGUGCGCUUUAGCCGGUGUGCUGACGAUAGCCAUGCCUGUGCCCGUUAUCGUCAAUAACUUUGGAAUGUACUACUCUUUGGCCAUGGCUAAGCAGAAGCUUCCCAAGAAAAGGAAGAAACACAUCCCUCAGGCAGUGCAGGGAAGUUCUCCGACGUACUGUAAAGGGGACCUCAACUUGACCUGCAACAGCACUCAAGGUGACUUGUGCCACGUCAAAGGGGGUAGAUUACUAGAACGCAACCGUUCAGUUCUGUCGGCAGACUGCAGCGCUGGCAGCGACCUGAGCAUGUCUCCGGAGGAGAUGGUCCCCAUGCGACGGUCCAGCACCCGGGAACACGACCGGCGAAGCGGGGGCACGUGCUUCCUCCUCGCUGCCAGCGAGUACACGUGCCCCGCUGAUGGAGGGAUGAGAAAACCAGGUAACUGCACGUAUAACUGCAAAGAGGUGGUCUUUACUGGUUUCACACAAGCAGAGAGCAGCGUUCUAUCUUAAUGGCUUUGGGAGACGGAACCACCAUGGCAGAAAGUGGGAUAAGACUGUCAUCAGUAAUGGCGACCUAUUGCAGUGGGAGACCCCCCCUCUGAACCCACCGGUGGGAACCACGAGGCCACUGCUACCGGACAACACGGAGGAGCCUGCACAGACGCUAAUGACUGACAGCAACCCAGCUUACUGUUCUGCCAACAAGGAAGAGACUUAUUGGUGAAACAACAACAACAAAAAAAUUCUGGGAGGACUUUGAUGUGUUAAGCCCUCUCACGCUAUUAUUAUUUUAUUUUCCUGUUUUGGAAUCAAAAGGGGCGAUUUAAAAAAAAAAAAGAAAAAACUGGUCCUUAAGGAGAAAGUUUAUGACACAGACAUUGCUCCUGUAAAUACAAUAACUGCAGCACAUCUGGGCCAAGUGGCUCUGUCCACACAUCUGUCUUUUGAUGGCGAGUCGGGUAUCAAGGUGGAUGCUCUGGUAGCUACGUAGUGUCGUGACACUCGGCAUCAAUCCCUUUUCUAGCUGUGGUAUCUCCUUUCCAUCGCAAUAAGUGUAUUAAGACGUAUCCGUUGAGGCACAUUGUGUUUUUGAAAAUGGAGUGUUAAUCGUAUCAGAUACUCUACUUAAGGUAUAUACAGCGUAGAGAGACAUAAUGUGCUAAACUGAAUAAAUACAACAUCACAGUUGUCUAUGCUUACUUCUUAUUUGGUGACACACAUCGAGCCCCGUCCACGCUAACACCGAUAUCUCUAUUCUGUCUUUGUUUACACUUCCCUUCAACACACAAACCAAUUUUCGAUUGGAAAUAAUUUGAGAUUUUAAAAUCAAGUUUGGGGUGUUUACAUGCACACUGGAUUUAGGUAAUGUUAGCCCACUGCGGCUCGAUUCACCCCUUUGCCUUGCAUUGCUUUUUGGCCCCUUCCUAGUUCCAUUUCAGAUAUUUAAACUAUAUUUUAUAUAGUUUAUAUCCUUAAACAAUUAUAUGUUUGAUUAGUUUUGUUGCAGGUUAGUAUGUUCGUAAAUUUCGUAAAUCUUCCCUGAAAUCAGUUGCUAUGUGAAACAUUUGAGAGUUUAUGACACUACAUCAGACACAAAAUGUUAUACAGCACAGUUUGUAGAUAGAUUUUUUUUAUUGGAGUGAUGUAAACUCAUUAUUGAGUCAAAUAAUGAAAUUGUAAUUGUAUUCCCUUGUCUGAACACACAAUCAAUGAAAUUGGAUGGCACCAUUUCAUAUCCCAAAAAAAAUUUUAUAAAAAGAAAUCUGGUUAAAAAUGGUCAAAACUUUAAAGGUAGUAUCAGUGAAAUGAUUAGCACCUAAAAUAAGUGUUAUUUUAACACUUAUUUAUUUUAAGUGUUAAAAUAAAUAUAUAGAUGUUCCACAUCUAUGCUCAUUAAGCUUCAAUCAUAAUAUAAAACAUUUUCUCUGUCACUGUUUUAGUCAUGCUCAUUAUCUUCUUUGAAAUUUAAAUCUAGUGAAUGUUGACAAUAUUGCCCCCUACUGGUGCCGAAUUGGUGUAGCAGCUUUUCUUAUUGGAAUUUUACAGAUUUAAAGAGGAAAAAAAAAAGAUCACUUAUAUAUCUGGCGUAGCGUAGCCGGGGCCUCAGUAGGCUAAGUCACAAACGUGAGUGUGUAUGUCUAUAUGUGUCCCAAAAACUCUACUAGGUGGAGAGAAACACUAGGUCAGGGGAGACCAGUGAGUGGACCUGAUGCUGAAUCUUCCAGUUAGUGUUAGCACAAGCGCUCUCCCUGCGAUGCAGCUACCAUUGUAGAAGCCCCCCACUCCCACUAACCCCAGCCACCAAUACAUUUACUGCUGCAGAUUUUUUUUUCUCUCUUUGCAAACCAAAAUGACUCUUAACAUUACUCCUCAUUAUUUCUGGUCGCUACGGAAAAAAGAAGAAAAAAGAAAUCAGCUGCAUGACUUGAUUCUUCCAAGCUUUCCAAGCUCCUCCUCUUCCCAACCUCCAUAAACCCCCCCAACCCCAACUCUGUUAUGGGGACAGAGCAAAAAGUGUAGCAGAAAUUUCACCGCGUUCCGAAGCGGGACUUCUAGAGCGGUACGCGUCUGCACUGUAGCAACCCUGUGUACCCACACAAUCAGAUCUGCUUUGCAAUAAGCAAAACGGGAAGGGAAGGAAGGAAGAAGAAAAAAAAAAAAGCACCGACCCACACUGUGAUUUCAGCAGCCAGUUUAUAGUAGGAAGGGAAACGGAAAAGCCAGGAACAAAAAUAAAACGAAGCCCCCCAAAAACCGGCUGUUUGUUUGGUAGCGACCUGCGCGGUUGUAGGCUAGCUGUUCAAAGUUAUCGCCCCGUAUACACAAUCCUCCUUGUGUAGUAACCACACGCUGCUUUACUCUUUUGAACUGUCAAAGGAGAACCGUUCUUGUGUAAUUCUAGGAUGAUGUUGUGACUUGAAAACAAAUGAACAACAAGAAAAAAAAAGGGUGUUUAUUUUUUUGAAUCCAGAACAUGUAUUUUUGUGUCUUGCUGUUGAUGACUACAUUGCUCUGAAUGGUAGAAGUCAUGGUAGUCUGAUGGUGUGCUUCUCCAUCGUGCGUUCAAACCGUUGACGCUUUUGACUCGAGUUCACAUCUCGUACGUUUUACUGUGAGGAAAGUUCUAGUUUUAAGUGUGUAUUUGUGGAGCUUUUUGUUGUCAUUCUAAAAUGCAUGCUGAAAAAAAAA